AGCAAACGGCUGCAGUAUGUACGAACUCUCGAGCGCCGAACGCACGUUCCUCGGGGACUCAAACUUAUCACGCGGUAUAGAAAUAAAAAACAUCUUUACGAACUUUAGACAAAGCACUACAUUUUUUAAAUUAUCAGCGACAUUAUACGGGUUGAAAUGAACAUUGAAGUUCAAUGGGCAAAUACAAUCAUGUGUGGGAACCAGAAGCACUCACGAGGGUCUCUAUAUCUCGUUAUUAUUAUUUUAUUAGGACUCGAUUCGAAACUUGCAGGUGAAGCAUUUCAGCCAGAAUUUGUUGAACCGAUAGGAAACCUAACUGUACCUAUUGGGCGGGACGCCACGUUCCGAUGUUUAGUGCAAAACUUGGGCGGCUAUAGAGUAGGGUGGGUAAAAGCAGAUACAAAGGCAAUACAAGCGAUACACGUCCACGUAAUCACAAAUAACCAUAGGGUGGGUGUGUCACAUAAUGGCCAGACUGUAUGGAAUCUGCACAUUAGAAAUGUCCAGGAGGACGACCGCGGCCAAUAUAUGUGCCAAAUCAAUACCGACCCUAUGAAAAGCCAGAUGGGAUUCCUUGAUGUGGUAGUCCCUCCUGAUUUCAUAGCAGAAGAAACUUCAAGUGAUAUCAUGAUACCUGAAGGUGGGACAGCCAAAUUGUCAUGUCGAGCUCGAGGUCAGCCCCGACCACGUAUAACGUGGAGGAGAGAGGAUGGCUCUGAUAUUGUUAUACGGUUUUCAAACGGCAGCAAAAGCAAAACUGUAUAUGAAGAUGAAAUCCUUACUCUGAAUAAAAUAUCCCGGUCUGAUAUGGGAGCCUACCUUUGUAUUGCAAGCAAUGGAGUCCCGCCAUCUGUAAGCAAGAGGAUGGUUGUUAAAGUGCACUUCCACCCAGUCAUUCAAGUCCCGAACCAGCUGGUAGGAGCGCCUCUCGGCACCGACGUCACUCUGGAGUGUUACGUCGAAUCCUCGCCUAGAUCCAUUAAUUACUGGGUUCGAGAUUCAAAUGAUAUGGUGAUAUCAUCCAGCAAGUACGAAGUGACGACUACAGUACUAAGUUCUUUUGAGAGCCGUAUGACAAUGGUGGUACGAGCCAUCACGGACGACGAUUUAGGAGGAUACAAGUGCAUAGCGAAGAACUCCCUGGGAGAAGUCGAUGGAACCAUACGGCUUUAUGGAAUAACGAGAAAUGUAAUAAGCAACUCUAGUCCAUCGAGCAAGGGCGACGACUUCCCAACCCCAAUGGAAGGACCUGACAAUCAAUUUGGGUCAGCUGAACGAUCUGAUGAUGAAGACGAAGCUGUAACUGAUAUGUUUGAAAGUAUAACUCAAAAUCAUAAUAGAUCAUUAUACGAGUCAACACCUAAUUCUGUACAGCAAAAUGUAAGUAAUAAAGUCAAAAAGAUUAUGAGUCAAUCAGAAACUAGUGUUAAUCAAAGUUCUAAUUUAAAGAUUAAGUCUACUUUACAACUAUUUGUUAGUUUAGUAUUUUACAUUACAAGGUAUUAAAGAAUCACACCAUUUUCAAUACCAACUUUACUUCAUCUGUAGGAAUGCUCAGAAUUCCGACAAAUUUCUCGAUUUCGGAAGGCUUUUUCAUUAAGAUUUUAUUUCUAUGGCAAAUGUGUUAGUAGGUAAUGUUGUUGAUUCGUUAGUUAUUUAAUUAUGUUUUUAGUAAAAAAUCGCGAUUCAUUGUAAUACCAAUUUCGAAAACAGCAGGAGACUUUAAUCGGUUUGCUAAGUGAUUUUGCAGUAAAAAAUUCCCGAGUAACUUGUCGGAAAGAUCCCAUAUUUCAUAGACUUUCAAAAUCGGUACGUACCUCGGAAUUCUGAAUCCACAAAGCUCCAAGUAGAUAAAUCUAUAUAUGGAUGUGAUAUUAAAAAUAUGUAGCAUUAAACAUAGUUAUAUUGUAAAUAAAACUAUACCUAUAGACAUUAAAUGUUGUCAUUAAUACUGCAUAUAUUUUAAAACUAUUUAAAAAGGAGAAUUGUAAAUAGCUUGAUUAUAUAAAGUUGUAUGUAAUUGUAUGUUUUUUUUUUAAAUUUAUCGGUAAUACAGUAUUUUGUGAA